AUGCCGUUCAAGUCUCCAUUUCCUGAUUUGGACAUACCCCAAACCGAUUUGCUGUCAUAUCUCUUUGGUGGUCGGGCAGUGUCGGACGAGCCGCUCUGGUUCAAUAGCAGCCAGCCUGAAAAGAACCUCUCGCCGAAGAGAGCACUGCAAUUGGUGAAAAGACUAGGAGCAGGACUUUCUCAGCUGGGUAUGGAAAGGGGGGACGUUAUUCUCAUGUUCACACCGAAUCAUAUUUUCGUCCCGGUUGCAUAUCUCGGUAUUGUAGGAUCCGGCCGUGUUUUUAGUGGUGCCAACCCAUCAUAUACUGCCCAAGAACUUGCCUAUCAGUUAUCCAAUUCGACAGCAAAGGCAAUACUAGCACACCCUGUGGUCCUCGACCGGGCGUUAGAGGCGAGUGAGAGGGUUGGUAUACCGAAGGAACGAAUAUUCCAGUUCUCUGACGAAGUCGAGCCAACCCGUAAAGGUAUCAAAGACUGGACCUGUCUUCUUGGGACUUCACAGCAAGCAGACAGCUGGAAUUGGCCGACUUUGACACCUAAAGAGGCCAGUCAAACAAUUGCUACUAUUAACUACAGCUCGGGAACCACAGGGCUACCCAAGGGCGUGUGUGUGUCGCAUUCGAAUCUUAUUGCCAAUCUUGAACAAAGUUAUUUUAUGAGAUAUGUCGGCACGCCAUAUUUGAAGUCUGGUAACGCUCCACAGGAGCGGUGGGUUGGCUUUCUCCCUCUUUAUCAUGCAUAUGGCCAGUUGUAUACCAUUCUCAUGGCCCUUAAACUAGGAAACCCCGUCUACGUCAUGACGGAGUUUAACUUCGAGCGUUUUCUUGAUACUGUCAGCCGUUUUAGAAUCACUAGCCUGCAGGUUGCUCCCCCUGUGUUGGUGAUGCUGUCAAAGCGCCCCGAGACUGCAAAUUACGACCUCUCGAGUGUUGAGGAGAUACGAUGCGGCGCCGCGCCGCUCUCUAGCGAACUCCAGAAUGAUUGUCAAAAGAAAUUUGGCAUUCCCAUCCGACAAGGCUGGGGCAUGACUGAGCUGACCUGCGCAAGCAUCACAAUGCCUUCUAGCUCGGACAAUGUCGAAGGCACGGUAGGCAGACUUAUGCCCAACUCUCAGUGCAAACUCAUAGACGAUGAAGGCCGGGAGGUUACAAGCGGUACACCUGGAGAGCUCUGCAUCAGGGGACCUAAUGUAUGCAUGGGGUAUUGGAAGAACGAAAAGGCAACGCGAGAAACCAUACAAGACGGUUGGCUCAGGACUGGGGAUAUUGCGGUCCGUAACCAGGAUGGUUUCUUCUGGAUUGUGGACCGCAAGAAGGAACUUAUAAAGGUAAACGGUCUUCAAGUUGCUCCCGCAGAACUUGAGGCUGUGUUGCUAGAGAAUAAACAUGUUGCUGAUGCUGCCGUUGUGGGAAUUACAUUGCAUGGAAAUGAGCUGCCACGCGCAUACGUCGUUCUCCAGGACCAAUACAAAGAUAAACUACGGCCGAUCGACAUACAGAACUGGACAGCUUCCCGGGUAUCGAAGCACAAAAGACUCGAGGGAGGUGUUGUUUUUAUUAGUGAAGUCCCCAAACUGGCCAGUGGCAAGAUACAACGAAAGGUGAUGAGGGAGUGGGCGAGAAGAGACGCCAUUGAUCUCGAGAAGACAACUGAAGCCAAACCGAUGUCAAAGCUGUAG